AGGUAUUUUUUUGUUACUCUAGGAAACAGUUCACUCCCUAAUGCCAACAACCUACAGAUUCCAGUUCUAUGACUCUGGUCUGAAGUAAGCAAGGAACGGCACAUUAGGAAGAACUGAACAUCAACCCUACAUAGUGUGUUUCUGUGAAGCAGAACUUUGUUUAAAGGUUUAUACUUACCUAGGUAUAAGUAUUUCUGCUUCCUGUUGGAGACAGUUAUUCAGCCUCUAUGGCCUUUCAGGAUCUCCUGAAUCUGGUCGGAGGCAUGGGGAGAUUUCAAAUCCUUCAGAUGGCUUUCUUUCUGAUCUGCAAUAUGAUGGUGUCACCUCAUUUACUAUUGGAAAACUUCACUGCAGUGAUCCCUGGUCAUCGAUGCUGGGUCUCCAUCCUAGACAGUGGCAAUGUCUCUGACAAUGACAGCGGGAUCCUGAGCCAAGAUGACCUCCUGAGAAUCUCCAUUCCCUUGGACUCCAACCUGAGGCCAGAGAAGUGUCGUCGCUUUGUUCAACCACAGUGGCAUCUCCUACAUUUUAAUGGCACCUUCUUCAAUGUGACAGAGCCAGAUACAGAGCCCUGUAAGGAUGGCUGGGUGUAUGACCAAAGCACUUUUCUCUCCACCACUGUGACUGAG